AGGGAUCAAUUCAAGUCCUGGACGGGAGUUAUCGGGCAAAGACAGUGUGGGCUGUCGAGGUUCCUGCGACGACGGCCCCACCGGCAUCCGCACCACGAUGGGUGGUGUUGACAGUAAAAAGAAAUCCGCUGUACCCCCGCUGCCCGCCCCAACAGAGACCGAAUCAACCAGCGUUACCCCGACAGAGCUGGCCACCGAUGUGUCCAAGUCAGUCGCUACCAAGUCCUCCUACUCACUCCCCGAGGACGGUACGCCAGUCACGAUCAAGACCCGUGGCCACAAGUCGAAUCACUCCCAAACCUCCUUAUUGAUCGAGUACUUUGAGGGCGGCAAGCCGUCUAGUAGCUCAAAGUCUGGCGACCAGCGCAAGCCCAGUGUCCGAGUUCGUCUGACGCCAAGCAGAAAGAGCAGAGGAAAGAGCACAUCCGAACGGGACCAUAUCCAGAUCACCGAGAGCAAGCCACGGAAAGCAAGCCUUAGCCGGCGAUCCACGACACCGGUCGGCGCCAUACAUCACAGCGAGGGCGAGGCACUCUCGGCUCUCAGUGGUGACUUCGAGGACAUGAGUUCGUACGCUUCUGCAACGGAGGAGUCCAACGUGAGCCGCAAUCCCAUCGAUAUCGAGAUCGACCGCGGCGGCCACGUUCGCCGUCGCCGCCCGGCCAGCCCCCUUAUUCCCGCAGCUGGCAGCAGCGCGGCCAGCUAUCAGCCUCCGGCAAUGAGCGAUAUAUCAGCGAUCCCCACGGACAGCUUCCUUGACGGCUCUGGCCACACCACGUCCUACAGAAUGUCCGAAGCCAAGCAUAGCAGAAGCAGGAGUCCAUCUAGAACUGGAGAUGUGCUGGCUGGUGCUGCUGCUGGACUGGCCGCGGCGACUGUCGCUGAUAAGCUGCGAACCAAGAGCCGCGACCGAGAGAAGGACAGGAUCACGGUGUCCAAAUCGAGGGAUAAGGACAAGUCUGAACGCAAAUCCAAGUCAGGCAAGAGUCGCUCGAGCAGCGGCGGCGAGCGGGAUAGGCACACAGACCGCUCAAAGACCCCGCGCAAGAGGUCGAGUGGAGGCCACCAGGAGUCACUUGUCUCGGUCGCGGAUUCAAGUGUCAUGUCAUCAAACCUCUCGCCCAGUCAUCGCUCGGCCGACCAACAUUCCGUGCGCUCUCUAGCCUCGAAGACCUCGUCGAUCAACAAUCCAAAGCUGCUCGAGACUGUCGAGGAUGUGAUCAGGCGGCUUAUUCUGCCUGAGCUCAAUGCUCUAAAGAGGGAACAGAGUAAACACAAGAGCCGCCGGGACUCUGCUACAUCCAGCACAACCUCGAUUUCUCGAGACGAGCAUGCGAGCGAUAGACGCCGUUCUUCUGCCACCGAUAGGGCUGUCGAGACUCCCCGUGAAGCCCUCAAGAAGGAGAGGAGGGACAGGGAAGCCCGGAACGACUUCGACUACAGCCCGCCGCAAAAUGAACUCAGCCGCGACUUGGGAGACGACUCGGUUCUCGAUAUCGAACAGACUCCCAAGCGAAGCGGUGAUCGACUUCGAGCUGCUGCUGCUGGCGGUGUCCUCGGCGCGGUCGGUGCAGCCGCUGCCGCCGCCGCAAUGGGCGGGAAAUCGCCCUCGGAGGAUAAGAGAACUAGAAGGCGCAGGAGAGCCGAGUUGAGAAAUCGGAGCUCCGACCAUGUUGCCGAGGACUAUGGGGACUCGGACGUUGCGCCUGCUCCGCCAAUGCCACUGAUGAGCGAGAUCAAUCCGUCAGAUGUGACAAGAACGUCAAUCCUGUCGGCCGAUACCGAUCGGCCUCGCUCCGCGAGCGAAGAGCUGACCCCUGUCCAGGAAGUCCAACGGGGCGGGCCAUCCGCUGGAUCGGACAGCACGACUCCAACUAGGACGCUGCAGGGGAGCCUGGGGACGCAGCACGCCAACAUCUCGCAUGGCGAUCUGAAAGAGCUGCCUCGGAGGAGGACGGGCGACUUUGGCGACGAUGCCUUAGACGCGACGAACUACGGGCGGAAGAACCCCGCAUAUACAGACCGGCAAUUUGAUGAGGAAGAUUAUGAGGAUGAUGGCGGCCAUGACAUGGCCUACACUGGCGGCCCGGGAGUCUACGAUUACUACAACACCCAGGAUGUCCCGCCACCGUUGAAGUAUGAGCCUUAUCAGCCAGAACGACGCGGUCUAAGCCCUAUUCCCAGCGUCUCGGGGUAUACGGAAGGAGGCAGCGAGGCGCCCAACCGAGAUUCUCGAGUCACCCAUACAAGUGGUUCGGUUUCUUCCGCCGAAAAUUCUCCUCGCCACGAUGCUACCAUGCAUUCCCCGAACUCUAUUCCAAGCAACAUCAUGGGCAGGGAGUUUGGAGACGACGACGGCAGCUUGAGGAGCCCUGGUCUGGAGUACAGAAACCCGGCCUAUACAGAGGACAGCGAGCUCGAUCGCCCCAGCUCUGGGCAAGCCGUUCGAGCUAUUGCGGCGAAUCCGCAGUUCGUCGACCCGCCAAUCACCCUGGAGUCAAAUGUGGCCUCCCUAGUUGACGGGUCGAUGCUCGACGAUUCCGUGGUGACGGGCGAGUCCGGGCGCGGAGGAAAUCAAGCGUUCAGCCCGCGGGAGUCGAUGGAAACUCUCGAAGAAGAACGGUCGCAUCACCGUGGUAGCCCUGCCAAGAGGUCCGUCGAGAGCCAUGGACGAGCUGUGGAGGGAAGGGAAGGCACACCAGGCUCUGACAGCCUGAGGUCGCGCGAGUUUAUGGAUGAGUAUGAAGUCGAUGACUACGGAAACAAGGUGCCGCGGUCGAAAUAUCGGCAGUCACCCACUGCCUCCGAGGCUGCCAUUACGGUACCCGCAGCCAUCGCCGCUGCCGCCGCUCUCAAGGCCGCACAGAGCCGAGGGAAGCAGACCUCGACCGAGGAGGAAGCUGCCGAGGAGUUUACCCCUGCCGGUGUUCAGCGGAAUAGGUCGUUCAAGGAACGCGCAAUGAACGGCGCCGGGCCCCUGAACUCGCCAACUCACAGUGCCGAUCGGAUGAUGGAUGAUUAUGAGCAGCAGCCAAAGAUGGGCUUCCAUGCCAUUCCCAACGCGAAUGACCCAAUGCCCGAGAUAGGAAACUGGCAUGAGGAGGACACGGAGUCUGUCACCGAUGGCCAUCAGCGACCUGCCGACGAGGAGUGGCAUGGCGACGCUACCCCGAGGCAGCUGACGCCGAUGCAAUACGAAUACCACGACGGCCACAACGCCCACGACAUCCAUGAGAAGGGGAGUGGCCAUGGCCGAGGUCUUCUUAUCGGCGGUGCUGCUGCUGCUGCUGCGGCGGCGGCGGCGGCCAUGGCAAGUUCUGCGAAUCACAGCCGCCAGCCAAGCCAAGAGCAAGUCGAGGAGUGGCAUCGAACUUCUGACGAUAGGAAACGUGACACCCUUGUGACGAACCCUUACGAAGGCACCAGUCCCAUUGUCAACCUGCCCGAUCUCAACGACAAUAUUCUGGGCGGAGGGCAGGGCUACGGGAAUGGCGAAUUCAGCAACGGCUAUACCACACAUAGUCCUCUGGGCCACAAAGUCGACGAAGGGUACAUCUCUCAAGGACCUAAUAAAACGCCCGAUGUUCAGUCUGGUAAAGUCAAAGGUGUCGACUUUGACCCACGGACUAGCUUGGCUAAUCAGGAAGACCCCUUCUAUACGCCAAAGCACACCAGGCACCUCAGCGGUAUGUCUCAGGGCAUGGCUUCGCCGUUCUACGAUGGGGCUACGGGUACUGGUAUCGACCGCAUUGAAUCCAAGGAUAUUAUUGCAUUGAUGCAGCAUCUGACGGUCAGAGAUGCCCAACGCAGCGCCCGGGACACGGAGAUCCUGGUCACCCUUGUCCGAUCUGCGGCGGAGAUGCGUAACUCAUUCGAGGACAUCAAGCGGCUCCUCGCCGAUACGGAGGAUGUCAUAAUCACCGAGGUCAAAGACAACACGGAGAAGACGGUUCAGCGAGCCAUAGGGGGACCCCGGCCGUUCCCGGGCAGCGGCGCUCGAUCGUUGCAAGGCGGGUCUCAGGCGGGCACCAUGAAUUACGACGAUCUUCCCGCCAAGCGACGCAGCCUCUUCCGAAGAGCGCUGAAGGGACUCAGCGCCAAGGGGACCAACGAUCUCGGGAGGAUUGAGGAGAUGCUCAUGCAACUCCUCACCGAGGUAGAUGUCCUGAAGUCCCAGACGGCUCAAGGAGUGAUCAGCGCGAGCCACCAGGACGGCCAGUCUCUUGAGAAUCUCCAGUCUCAGAUCCCGUACGAGCAGGAUCGCGGCUACGAGCCUGAGGGACACGCCGGGACUUCCACGGCGAGCCACGCAAGCCAAUCCGGCCACCUGUCGAUUCCUCAAUCGCGUGGUGCCUCUGCCAAGCUCGGGUACGAUCGCAAGUACUCGGACCACCGCAUCAGCACCGUCCCAGAGGCCAACGAGGACGAUUAUGAUCACGAACCUGCCCAUGAUCACACGUAUCAGAGCAACCCUGACAUGUUGAUGACGCCUGCUUGCGAACCUCAACGAGGCAGCUCGGUGCCGCUCGGCACCCCGCCACAACCGACGACGGCAACGCAAGCUUCCGUGAGCAAUGACAACACACCUCGCUCUGAGAAGGGCAAGAAACAGAAGUCGAGCAGCUCCUCGAGCUGGUUCCCGAAGAUCUCUCGAUGGUCCGAAACGACAACUUCAAGCGUGGCGCAGGCUUUCAGGCGUAGCGGCCAGUCACGGAAGAACGACGAUGAUGGCAACCGCCAGGGCGCGACGUCCCGGUCGGGAUCUGACCUCAUUCCCUAUGAUGACGGGUACCCAGGCACUGAUCCUUAUGGGGAUGACAAGCUCCACACGGGCUUCUCCGAGGCCGACCUCAUACAUGGCGACUUGGAUCGUCAGGGGGGCUCCCCCGGCAACAACCGCGAAACUGCAGCUCGCCAACACAUGCAGCACCAGCCUCCCCCCCCGGCCAUGAACUUCGUGAGCAUGACUCCCGAGGUACCCAAGUACAAAGCACACCGCAAUUCUCUCAACUUGCAACACCCGCAACCGCGCCCCGGCCAGAGCGAUCUCUUCAAGGCGACGCUCGAGUCGCAAGCUCACGAGUUUGAUUCUCCCAGGAGCCCAAGAUCGGCCGAAUGGGCAGGCUCAGCCACGAGCCUGCACCGACUUCCGCGCAAUGCGAACCGAGACAGUUAUGGGUCAGCAACAGACCAGGCGGGUCAGCAGCGGUACUGGACGUCUUCCCCUUCUGCCGGCAACGUCAUGACCACGGCAGGCCCUCCGCGGCCGCCAAAGGAGCCCCUGGAUCGUACAUCCAGCCCAGGGGCAGUGGCUAGAGGGACACCGCCAAAGAGCAACAGGAUCAGCAAGCUGCAGAAGCAGAGCCCACUCCCAUAUCACAGCGUCGAGAGUGGAUACGGAACGAUGACGCACGGCGCGCCGAGCGCGAGCUACGUGAGCCACGCCCACACCCAUAGUGGGGACGGCAGCAGCCCACGCCCGGAGAACCGCAACUUGAGCAGCGCCCUGGGCGUUCCCAUGCGAAGGCCCAGUGGACCGCGGGCCAUGACGCCGAAGAGUGUCGGUAGUGAGGAAGGUGACGCUGACCGUCGGCGGAAGAGAGAUACAUUUGGCACCAUCACGUCCCAAGACACGGAUACCUUCUAGGGCACUUGAACACCCCGAGAUCCUCAGGGGACACAAGUCCACUUGGGAAUCUCGAAGAAAAGCCCUCGGACGCGGCAGCCUCAGCCACUGGCUUGCUAUACAUCUAUGGCUACUGGAUAGCCUGCACUACUCGAUCGUUAUAUUAAUAGGA